AUGUUGCCUUCCAACCUCGCAGGGGAGAACGCCGACUUCCGGCUGAUCCUGGUCGGAAAGUCCGGAGGCGGGAAGAGCGCCUCGGGCAACACCGUGCUCGACCAGAGGGCCUUCGACUCCAUCUUGACUGCAAGGACCACCACCCUGAGGUCCCAGAGUGGGCAGGGAACCUGGCGGGGCAUGAAGAUCUCCGUGGUCGACACGCCUGGCAUUUUCGAUUCCGAAAACCACACGGAGAUUGUGCGACGCGAGAUCAUAUCUUGCAUUCAGCUAUCCCGGCCCGGCCCCCACGCCCUGAUCUUGGUGACCCAGGUGGGGCGCUUCUCCGCCGAGGACGCCGCCGCCGCCAUGUACGUCCGGGAUAUCUUUGGGGCCGAGUCUGCCAGGUACACGAUCGUCCUGUUCACCUGCCUGGAGGAUCUGGGUGGGGACCCCCUGGAGGAGUACGUCCAAAAAUCCGACAAUCGGAAUUUGCAGGAUCUGAUCUGGCAGUGCCGGAACCGCUACUGCGGCUUCAACAACAAGGCCACGGGAGCCGAGCGGGAGAGGCAGGUCUCGGAGCUGAUGGAGAUGGUGCAGAGAGUCGUUUUUGAGAACGGGGGGAGACACUACGUCAACCAGCUGUACUUGGAGCCCCACCUGCGUGACGAGCACGUCAAGCGGUUCGUCGAGCAGAACCGAAACGCCCGCCAAAGGUUCAGCCACCGGAUCUUCGCCUGCUUCCUUCCGCUCUGGUUGGCCUUUUGCGUUUGCAAGAGGUUGUUUUCCUGCCUCAGGAACGCGUUUGUCGUUGUGUAUCGCUACUUAUUCUCUUAAGGUUCGAAUUACGGUGUCAUGUUGCCUCCCGGUCACAAAACGAUGUAGCAGCUAGU